AUGGCGAAAUCAUUACCUGUAGUAGCCCAGGAAGAUUUGGAGAGCUUUACCUUGACCAGGACAAGCUCAGGCUUUGCCCUCAAAGCCUUCCAUAUUUCUUGGAACGCUCACAUCUCGGUGAAGCUGCUGACCAGCCAAGACACUAGAGAGAGGGAGUGGAAUUUGCUACUUCAGGAUAUAGCAAACGUCAGACACUGCAAGUCUGAACGUCUCCUGCCUUCUCUUGGAAUUUACCAGUACCGUGGACUUGUGGGGAUAGUGACUGAAUGGAUGAACAAUGGAUCCCUCCACUCGCUCAUCCAUGAGCAUCAACUGUACCCAGAACUUCCGUUUCCCUUACUCAUGAGGAUCCUGUCGGAUGUGGCUGAAGGCUUGCAUUACCUUCACAGCCUCGAGCCUGCUGUCUGCCACUGCAGCCUGAAACCUUCCAAUGUGCUUUUGGAUACGCAGUACCGAGCCAAGGUAUCAGAUUAUGGUCUAAUCAACUGGAGGAAAGAGCAACUGAGGUCAGACCUGCAGAACUGCAAUCAGAGAAACUGCCAGGAUUUAGUGUACCUCCCUCCUGAAAUACUUGAAGGAUGCCUUCCUUCCCAGGAAAGUGAUAUUUACAGUUUUGGAAUACUCUGUUGGGAGAGCCUAAGCAGACGGAAACCUUUUGAAGGUGAGACAACCCUGCUGGAAGUUCUGACAGGAAUCUGCCGCAGUUUGCGGCCUGGCAUUUCAGAAAAGUUUAUACCAAGCAAUUUGCCCCAGAGGAAUAGACUGUUGCACCUUAUCACUCUGUGCUGGCAUCAAGAACCAGAUUACAGACCUUGUACUGCAGAAUGUGUAGACCUUCUAAAUGGAAUUUUGACUAGUAUAAAUAAGGAGGCAAUUUCCACUGCAAUCUACAGUCUGAUGGAUGCAAAGGAGAAAGCACUUAAUGCAUGCAAAGGUUCAGAAAUAUACACGUUGCAGACAGGCAUAUGCAAUUCAGAGGUCAUCUGUCCACCAAAACCCAACCACGUAAUCAGCAAGAAAAUUCCUUUUGUAGUACCAAGCGCGUCAACUAUUCUACUUGAUAGCAGCACAAACAAUGCAAGAAGAGAAAAUAUUCUUGAGACAGGUCUGUCAAAUGCUAUCACACAGAAUAUAACAACAAAGAAAGAUCACCCAGGCUCUGACAGUAGAAAAUCGAAUUCCUUUUGUACGAUUCCCUUACCUGGUUCAACUGCAGGCAAAGAAAGCAAUCAGCAUGAGGACCCACCACUGGCUCUUAAGCACAGACCACAACCUACGCAACUUGAACAAGCGGUGACAGAUCCUUGCUGCAAAGGAAACUGCUGUCAAAUACUAGCCUGCCAGAGACAGACCAUACUGAGCUGCAUGACAGAAGGACGCCUCAACCACAUCCUCGAUGUCCUUCGCUCGCAGCAAUCGUUGUCCCGAAUGGAUUAUGAAACAAUUACCUCUUACCCCACAGUGACUGGCCGUGCUCGGGCAUUGUUGGACACUUGCCUUUGCCUUGGAGAGAGGGCAGCACAGGUUGUAGUGACUGUACUUCCAGUGACCAAAUGUAGUGCUCUGGGACGAAGCAGCCAUUGCCCAGACUGUCCUUCUAAGGGAAAUAGGCUGCUGUUGUGA